GUUCUUCUUGGCACUCUCUGCGCUAUUUCUACACAACAAUCUGGGCGCCUGACCAGGGUGAGGCGGAUUUAAUCGCUGUGGCCUACCUUGACGACCACCUUGGCGGCCACUAUAACAGCACCACAAAGAGGGCCGUGCCUCGUGUCCCCUGGGUAAGGAAUGUGGAGAAGGACGACCCCGACUUCUGGGACUGGAACACCCAGAGAGCCAUCUAUCAUGAGCGGAGAAUGAAGACAGAACUGAUGAACUUGCGGAGUAUCUACAAUCAGAGCAGAGGGCUACACAUCUGGCAGCACAUGUUUGGCUGUGAACUGAACAAGGAUGGGACCAAAAGAGGUUUAAAGCAGUACGGAUAUAAUGGGGAGGACUACAUCAGCUUUGACAAGGAGACCCUCACCUGGACAGCAGCCGUUGUGCCCGCUCAGGUGACCAAGAGGCAAUGGGAUGCUGACCUGGCAAGGUGCCAUAGGUUGAAGUCCUACCUGGAGAAGGAAUGCAUUGGUUGGCUGCAGAAGUUCCUGGAGUACGGGAAGGAGUCUCUGCUGAGAAGAGAGCCCCCAGUGGUGACGGUGGGACGCAAGGCGGAGUACGAUGGCCUGGAAACCCUCAUGUGUCGGGCCCAUGGCUUCCACCCCAAGGAGAUUGAUGCCACCUGGACCAAGGACGGGGAAGUCUGGGAGCAGGAGACCUUUCGUGGGGGCAUUAUUCCCAACUGGGACGGGACCUACCACACCUGGCUGAGCAUCAAGAUCCACCCCCAGGACAGGGAUCGGUACCGGUGCCAUGUGGAGCACGACAGCCUGCCGGAGCCUUUGGACUUCGCCUGGGAGGAGCCGGGUGAGAAACCGAAAGGGGAAGGGGGGAGGGGAAUCGAGGAACCUAAAAGUUUUCCUAGUUCUGAUUUCUGA